AUUUCAGGAGCCUCUCUUGGGGGAGAGAGCAUCUGUGCAGGAGCGUCCGUCUCAACAUAGGACUCCAGCGCAUCCCCCAUACCUCUGCCCGCAGCUUCCAGAAGCCCAGACGCCCCGGUCUCCGCAGCUCCAUGGGUGCCUGGGUACUCCUCCCGGGCUUCUUCCUCCUGCUGCUGCCCACGCCCGCCCCAGCCCCCUGCCACACGGCCACCCGCUCUGAGUGCCGGCGCAGCCGGCGGUUUGUGCCUGGCUCGGCGCUGGCUGGGGAGGGCGUGGACGUGACCAGUCUCAGGCGCUCGGGCUCCUUCCCGGUGGACACGGAGAACUACCUGCGGCCCGAUGGCACCUGUACCCUCUGCCACAACGUCCUGAAGCAGGGCGCCCUUCAGCGCCUGCCUCUGGCCGUGACCGACUGGCGUGCCCAGGGCUCAGGCUGCCAGCGCCGAGUGCUCAGGGCCAAGGCCAGUUCCGCCGAGACUGUGGCCAAAGAAGCAGCCAGCAGCAUCCGCAAUGACUGGCGGGUGGGGCUGGACGUAUCUCCCAAACCCAGCGUCAAUGUGCAGGUGAGCGUGGCCGGCUCACACUCCCACGCAGCCAACUUCGCUGCCCAGAAGACCCACCAGGACCAGUACAGCUUCAGCACAGACUUGGUGGAAUGUCACUUCUACAGUUUUCAUCUGGUACACUCUCCCCCACUGCACCCCAAUUUCCAGAGGGCCGUCAGAGACCUGCCCCCCGACUUCAACACCUCCACCGAGGCGGACUACCUCAGGCUCAUCUCCAACUACGGCACCCACUUCAUCCGCUCCAUGGAGCUGGGCGGCCGGCUCUCGGCCCUCACUGCCCUGCGCACCUGUGAGCUGGCCCUGGACGGGCUCAGAGACAAAGAGGUGGAGGACUGCCUGACAGUGGAGGCCCAGGUCAGCAUAAGCGACCGUGCCAAGUCGUCGGCAGAAUACAAGAACUGUGAGCAGAAGAAGAAGAACCACAAGAUAACCACCUCCUUCCACCAGACCUACCGGGAACGCUUUUCCGAAAUAGUCGGCGGCCACCACACCUCCGUGAGCGACCUGCUGUUUGGGAACCAGGCCGGGCCCGAGCAGUUCUCGGCCUGGGUGGCCUCCCUGCUGGACAGCCCCGGCCUGGUGGCCUACACCCUGGAGCCUCUGCACGUGCUCCUGGAGAGCCAGGACCCGCGGCGGGAGGCCCUGAGGCGGGCGGUGAGCAAGUACGUGAUGGACAGGGCCCGCUGGAAAGACUGCAACAGGCCCUGCCCGCCGGGGCAGCAGAAGAGCCCGCAUGACCCGUGCCAGUGUGUCUGCCACAGCUCGGCGGUCACCAACCAGGACUGCUGCCCCCGGCAGAGGGGCCUGGCCCGCUUGGAGGUCAUGAACUUCAAGGCGUCGGACCUGUGGGGAGACAACUUCUCCGGCACAGAUGCCUACCUGAAGGUCUUCUUCGGAGGCCAGGAGAUGAGGGUGGGCACCGUGUGGAACGAUAACAACCCCAGGUGGACGACGCGGCUGGACUUCGGGGACGUGACGCUGUCCACGGGGGGCCCCCUGAGGGUGCAGGUCUGGGACCAAGACCACGGCUGGGACGACGACCUCCUGGGCACCUGUGACCAGAACCCCCAGUCUGGUCUGCACGAGGUCAAGUGCGGCCUGUCCCACGGCCACCUGAGAUUCUCCUACCAUGCCAAGUGCUUGCCUCACCUGACGGGGGUAACCUGUAUGGAGUACGCUCCGCACGGCCUGCUGGGGGAGCUUCCCGGAAACCGGAGCGGGCCAGUGUGGUGAGAACAGCCAGCCUGGAGAGGGCACGCGCGCCUGGCUGGAAAGGCCUCUAUGGACGGAGCCAGGACCGAUGCUCAUAUACCCACUAGCUGGAAGACUGAGGCUUACUUCUGCCCCCCUGCCCCUACGAAGUGGUUGAAUUCACAGGCCGGCCCUGAGUCUCCUGUCCAAACUGCCUUCGCUGCCUGAUCUUCUCAAGCCCUGGAAAUGAGCUGGGGCCAGGCCACAGCCUGGGUCGGGAGCCGGUGAGGAGACCCUUCCUCCCAGGUUGCGUGGAACGCCUUUCCCUCACAGCCCCUGCUGGCACGCCGAAUUCUUCACCCUGUCGGGUCUGGCCCUGCCCGCCCCAGCUGCUUCCUCGCUCUGUCAUCUUUAUGCAUCAAGCUUUGCCCCUCAGACAGAUCAAAGGUUGUCCGGACCUGCCUCAUGUGUGCAAAGCCAGUCGGAGGACUAAUGAAGGUGAUGUGACAUUGACCAUGAUGGUGAUGGCUGCGGCAGAGAGGAGAGAACGGGCACCAGACGUGGCCCUAGAGACCAACGUCCACAUCAGCAACCCCGCAAGACAGGUGGCCGGGGGUGGCCUGGGGUGGGUUUCCAAAAGGGCUGGAAACGGGGGGAACCCAAAAUGUUUUGCUUCCCUCAUAACUUUUAAUUCAAGAAACAGUGGCACGGGCUCAGUGAUCAGAGGCAACAGACACUCAGGUCCCGGCCGGGUGGCCUCAGGAACCGGUGAGGACCAGGCAGAGCUGAAGAGCACAUGCUUUACCUAGAGGGGGCCCGCGGCUCUGCCUUCCUUCGCCAAGCGUCCCCAGGCAGGAACGUGAGUCCGGGGCUGACAGGGCUCUCCGGUUUCUGAAAGCGACCAGAAACCCCACCUUGACUUCUUUGAUUGUGAGCAAUGCAUUUCUCUUUGUAAAAAU